AUGGCGGCAGUAUACAAGUCAGUGUCUAAAAAGCAGGCUAAGCAGCUUGCCAGAGAGCAGGAGCAGUCCGACUCGGACGCAGAAAUGGCCGACAUGGCUGACCUUCUCGCCGACGCCGACGAUACAAGCGACAGCGAAGAGGAGGAGGAAGAAAACUUGGAAUCAGCCAAGAAGCAGCUUGCUGCUGGAUAUAUGCCAAAGACUCGGGUUCUGAUGUUGACUUCCAGGGGUGUCACAUCUCGCCAUCGGCACUUGCUCGCAGACCUUACUGGUUUACUCCCUCAUACCCACAAAGAAAGCAAACUCGAUACUAAAAAGAAGACCGCUGGAUACAACUUACUUCUGAACGAUCUCGCCGACCUUCACUCAUGCAAUCUCAUUUUCUUCCUCGAGGCCCGCAAGCGUGGUCAAGAUUUGUACCUCUGGCUCGCUCGUCCCCCUAACGGACCUACGCUCAAAUUUCACGUUAACAACUUACAUACUAUGGGCGAACUGAAUGCUGGAUUCAGCGGCAACUGCUUGAAGGGUGGUCGUGGUAUUGUGGUUUUUGAUCGUUCGUUCGACGAACAAGGUCCGGUUAUGAGCCAGCCAGGCAACGAGUACCGUGGACUGGUCCGGGAGAUGCUGCGGGGUGUCUUCUCCGUCCCCAAGCGUGGCGUCAAGGGAAUGAAGCCUUUUAUCGACCGUAUCAUUGGUGUAUUUGGUGUCGACGGCAAGAUCUGGAUUCGCGUGUACGAGAUCAGAGAGUCCGAAGCCGGAGGCAAGAAGAAGUCAGAAGACGGCGAGGAAACUGUGAAGCCUGUACCCAAGGGCAAGGAUGGUCUACCGGAGGUCUCUCUUGUCGAGAUCGGACCUCGUUUCGUUUUGACGCCAAUUGUCAUCCUGGAAGGCAGCUUCGGUGGCCCUGUUAUCUACGAGAACAAGGAAUACGUGAGCCCGAACCAGGUCCGUCACGACAUUCGGAUUAGCAAGGCAGCCCGCCACACCAAGCGCAGAGACGCGCAAACCGACCGUUUCGCUAAGCGGACAAACUUGGGAUUGGGAGAAGGCCAGCGCAAACCUGAUGCAUUGGAUAACAGGCAGUUGUUCGCCUCAAACCAUAUAGCAACCAUGUCAUUCGAUCAUCUGGCCACGGAGCUAUUGCUCCAUGUAUUUCGUUCCUGUGAAACAAUAUCCGACAUUUUGAACCUCGCAUCAACCUGUCGACGACUUCGAACUGUAUUUAACAGAUCCAAUAAGCUCCAAACUCUUGCCGAUAUUGCCGAGCGCGAAUUCGGACCACUAGGCGAGAUCAUCCAAAUCGUAACGCAAAAUGCAAGCCAACCAGCUCACUUAAUACGCAAGCCCCCCAUGACCGAUCCCCUCUUUAAACAAAUAGUCCGAGUCGGACGCGUAGCUCAGAAAUGGGAGACGAUCUAUCCCGUCAAGAAAUGGAAGGUGGAUUAUGAAAACCGACGAUCAUUGACAGACGCCGAGCGAUUCCGCCUUCGCCGAGCUAUCUAUCGGCUAUGGCUCUACCAUCGCGCAUUCCAUACGCGCACGCAUGAUCGCUUCAGCCGUAAGCUCCCACAUGUCGUUACCGAGCGUGCGCAGCUCCUGCAUAACUGGUCUACCCAGGAACUGGCCGAUAUCGAGGAUGUGCGACUCAUUAUCGGCGAUGUCGUCCAAAAUCAUAUUUGUCCUAGUAACGGGACGAUUCAGCGAAAGUUUCGCAAACGAUUCCCAGAAAAUCACAACCAGUUGGCAUUCAAUAUCCAUCUGAAUUAUCCAGCGCCCAGCUCUCUUGGGUCUUCCGGGCUCUUUGAUAGCCCGAAUUCGGUCGAUCAAUACUACCAUACCGCGCAUUCUGCCAAUUUUACUGAGUCGCCGGCGAAAUAUAGAUCUAGGUUCCGGAAUGACUAUUUCCAUGAUCCCGGCGCUGAAGGCUGGGGGGAUGAGAUCCCUCACUACUACGUGGUCCAGGACAUGAUGAAGCUCGAUCCAGGCCAAGUGCUCUGGCUGCGCGAACAUGCGCCUCUUAAAGAACAGGUAGAGGGCUAUGUGCACUCCCUGGGAGACUGGUUUCGCGACAACGGAGAGACAUUCGGGGAUACACUCGAAUGGGUGAUGAAAGAGAGAGGCGAUGAUAUCGAAGAGUUCAGGGCGGCCAUUUCAGACCGGGAGGUGGGAAUCGUGUGGGAUUAA